AGUGUACUAAGGAGGUUUAAACCACUGCUUGACAGAGUACUGGUAGAAAGAUUUGCACCAGAGGUGAAGACGAAAGGUGGCAUUAUGCUGCCUGAGAAAUCAGUUGGUAAAGUUUUAGAUGCAAAAGUUGUAGCCAUUGGACCUGGGGCUAAGAAUCUUGAAGGUAAAGUAGUUCCAAUGAGUGUGAAUGUUGGAGACAGGGUAUUACUUCCAGAAUAUGGAGGAACAAAAAUCACACUUGACGAGAAAGAUUAUCAUCUGUUCAGAGACGGUGAUAUAUUGGCAAAAUAUGAAGCAGAGUCUUAAUUUAUGUAGAAGUAUUUAUGUAACAAUGCUGUAGAUAUAAUGAGAUCAUUUAUAUGGCAGACCUAUUGUAAUAGAUGUCGCGAACGAGUUGCUCACAUACCGGUAGUACACUGUAUACUUUCUGAAGUUGAAACCAGUCAUAACAUUGAUGACAAUUACGUUAUGUGAUGUGAAUUAUUUCUUACUUUGGUGCAUUUUUUUUAAGUUUAAUAAAUAGUUAUUGGACUAAAAA